AUGCCGCUCUGUCUUACCUUCAUCGACUUGAAGAAGGCCUUCGACUCAGUUGAGACGGAAGCGGUCGUGGAAGCCUUGAACGAGCAAGGCGUCCCCACUCAGUACAUAAAGAAUGCAAUGCGAAAGUUGGAAUGGGACGACAUGGGAGUGAAGGCUGAUGGUCGGCAGCUACACCAUUUGCGCUUUGCUGAUGACAUCGUACUGAUAACACCCAGCAUCAGCCAAGCGGAACGAAUGCUGACCGAAUUCGACGAAACAUGUGGAUGCAUCGGUCUUCAGCUGAAUCUAAAAAAGACGAUGUUCAUGCGGAACGGAUGGGUCUCGGAUGCCCCAUUCACGCUCAACGUAGCAAACAUAUCCUAA